UUAUGACGCCUGCCGGUCAGGUGAAGCACAGUGGCUGCUGUUUCGGCGGGGAAACUGAGGCAGAGGUGGAGCCCGACGCUGAAGGGGCGGGGCAGGGCUAGUGUGUAGGAAUCGCUGGGCGGUAGGAACGGACAAAGGCCAAGAGGUGGACGUCCUCGUAACGCUUGGUUCUCUCGCCUCCAGGGAUGGGCUCGAAGGCCAAGAAGCGCAUGGUGUUGCCCACUCGCCCGGCGCCCCCCACGAUGGAGCAGAUCCUGGAAGACGUGCGGGGGGCGCCCGCCGAGGACCUAGUCUUCACCGCCCUGGCUCCGGAAGUCUCCCCAGGCCCGUCCUGGAGGGCUGAAAACCCUGAGCAGCUCUACCAGCAGAGCCGGGCCUACGUAACCACCAACCAGCGGCUAAAGCAAGCAGGUGAUGAGCUAAGACAGAGGUAUGAGGACCUUCGGCAAGCUGGCCAGGAGCUGGAGCGGGACAUCAUCCAGGUGAAGCAGGUGGCGCUGUCAGGGGCCGCAACCCCCUUCUCAGGCUGACCUGACCCUCAGUCUUGCCUGAGCAUGCAGUCUCCGGACAGUGCACCCCAUGGCCUCCUGGAACUUUUGGUCCUGGCCUGGCACACUUCAGACAUGGGCCCCUGAGUCCCAGAAACAGAUUCUGGGCUCUCUGUUUCAUGGCUAAGCCUCACCUUGGUACCUGGAGACCCCAGGGGACAAAGCCUGCCCAGUGUGUUGUUGCAGCAGGGACAGUGCGGAAUGAGGAGGGACACCUGCCUCAGCUGGACACAGGCCCCUCACCGAGGUUCACGACAGUCUUUGUGGAUGCCAUUCACCCCCAGGCUUCUCUUCUGGGGCCUGAUUACCAUCAGCUUGGAUUUGGUGUGGGGCCUCAGAACCCAUCCUCCCCUUCCUUCCUUUGGUGACCCUGCUUCACCGAUCAUCCAUUAGAUUGGGCCCACCUUUGUGUGAACUGUGGGGCUCCCUGAUAUUCCAGAAGAGGAUGGGGGUUCUAUCCUCUCCUUUAGCCCAGUGGCUAUGGCCAUGUGAGGAGUGAUUGUGUAGCAGGGCCCAGAUCUGAGAUGGGGCCUCCAGUGACCCCAAGCACCUUGAUCUAAGGCGUGGGCUCUUUUCUAGGGCAGCACUUGUCCUUCUGGUUCACAGUUGGGGUGCAAGACCAACCUGUUGGCUGUGGGAUCCAUCAGAUGGGAGUGCUGGCCUGGGCUCCCAAGAUAGGACAAGCUGUCCAUUACUUGCUUGGAGCCCUCCUCAUCCAGCCACCUCCAUCCUGGCAGACCAGGCUAUCUUAGGUGUCCCCACAAAAUUCCUCAGAUGAAAUCCCCACUGCCACCAGCCAUCUGGACAGUGCCUCUGUGAGCCACUCUUUUCCAGGUUUCCCCGGGAGCUUAGGGAAGUACCUGGACACACAAGGCAAGUCCUUGACAAGGGUGACCCAGCAUCCCCAGGAGAUGUUUCUCUUUCCUCUGAAGAAGGGGUAUCUGCUUAAACUUGAGAAACCCCUGAAACUUGUUGGGGCACAGGCAUUCAGAAAAUGCCGGCUUGGCUCCAGUUAGGGUGGUAGACACUGAGAUUACACUACCCAGCGCCCCCUGGGUCUACCUGCUAAUAUCUCAAAGGUACCCUGCUGCCCUGGACUGGGAGGUCACCCCUCCCUGCACAUUCUUGGCCUCCAGGUGGGGCCACCUGAGUCUGAGUCUGGGGGCUCCAGAGCACCCUCCCUCCACACCCCCAGGAUCAGAGUGAGACACUCUGGUUACCUUCCCCUGUGCAUCCACCUGUCUUGAGUCCUCUCCCUGUACAAACCCUGCAGCCCAAUCUGCCUCUAGCACAUGGACCCAAGGUGGACAAUCUGGAUGGAAACCAGAUUGGUUUCCACAAAGUACUCCAGCCCCUCCCUAUUCACACCCAUUUGGAAACGGGGCCAUGUAGAGCAAGAUUCAACAGCUCCAUUUAUUAAAGGUGC